UUACGUGUGGGGGGACGGAGGGAACAGUACGGUUGUGCCACAGGGAGAUGGCGUUGCCGGAGCAGGAAGCUAUUCGUGAGUUCGUGACCGUAACGGGCGCAGAGGAGGAGCGGGCGCGGUUCUAUCUAGAGUCCGCGGAUUGGGACUUGGAGCUGGCACUGGGAAGCUUUUUUGAAGAUGGUGGUGAUGAUGUCAUAACGCUACCUCAGCCUGAAUCUAGCAGCGGUUCCAGAAAUGUGCCGAGUGAUGCCCGAGUAACCUCAUUCAGAGAUUUGUGGAAUGAAGAGAAGGAUGAAGAGGAGGAUGAAGGCCAAAGAUUUUAUGCCGGUGGUUCAGAAAGAAGUGGACAACAAAUUGUUGGUCCUCCUAAAAAGAAGAAUUCAAAUGAAGUUGUAGAAGACCUUUUUAAAGGAGCAAAGGAACAUGGUGCAGUUGCUGUUGAACGAGCUGGCAGAAGUCCUGGAGAAACCAGUAAACCUAAGCCAUUUGGUGGUGGUGGUUACCGUUUGGGUGCAGCUGAGGGAGAACAGUCUGCAUAUGUUACAGGAGAGCGGAGACCUGAAACCGCACAAGAUGUUCACGUUGUACUGAAGCUUUGGAAAAGUGGUUUCAGUGUUGAUGAUGGUGAGCUGAGAAAUUACACUGACCCCACAAAUGCUCAGUUUUUAGAAUCUAUUAGGAGAGGUGAGAUUCCACUGGAGCUGCGGCGAUUGGCUCGAGGUGGGCAGGUAAAUCUGGACAUGGAAGAUCAUCGGGAUCAAGAAUAUGUAAAGUCUAAGCCUGUAUUUAAGGCAUUUGGAGGUGAAGGACAAAAAUUGGGGAGUGCCACACCCCAGCUAGUAACUACAACUACUCCAGCGCAGCAAGCGGAAAAUGAAGCAAAGGCCAGUUCUUCUGUAAAUCUAAAUGAAUCAGAACCAACCACCAGUAUCCAGAUUCGACUUGCAGAUGGAGGACGUCUUGUUCAGAAGUUUAAUCAUACGCAUAGGAUUCAGGAUGUUCGACAUUUUAUUAUCGACGCCCGCCCAGCUUUGGCUUAUACUCCUUUUGUGCUGAUGACAACCUUCCCUAGUAAAGAGCUGACAAAUGAGAACGAAACCCUAAAAGAUGCCAAUCUGCUGAAUGCUGUAAUAGUACAGAGGCUGAAAUGAAUGCACUUCUCCAUCUAACCUCAUGUUGGUGGAGUACUUGAACUGUUCAGACUUUCCAUUAGUUAAACUCACUGGUUGUAAUAAAUUGGUGACAAUGCUUUUAGACAAAACAGUUUGCCUUUAAGGUUAUUCAUGUGCUCAUUCAGUUACACAGCUUUCAGCGUGACUUUGUGAUUUAAAAACCUAAUUGUGUAUUUGAUUUAUGUAUAAUUUUUCAAUUUUGAAGUGAAAUAUUAUACAUUAAAAUUCAAAUUCACCAAUAUAAGUUAAUACAUCCCAACUAGCUCUAACAUUUGUGACUGCAAUUGUAUAGGGGGAGGUGGACCUUGAUAGGAAAUUGCAUUCUAAAAAUCAAAUCAAAUUUAAAACAUUCUAUGUUUGUGAAAUGGGUCUUGUACCUAGCAUUGUUCAUUUUGUACACCGCUGCAUUGAAUGAAUAAUCUGAGCACAAUGUUAUUGUGAGUUUUAUUUUCAGCCUGAGUUGUGACUUUCUUUGCCAAAUAUGGAAGUUUGCUAAAAAGUUUUUGUCCUUCUUGGGUCAAAAUACUUUCUACUAUUCAUUAGGUUUCAGAAUGAAAUUCACUUGUAGCUAAGAGAACAUCUAUUUUUGUUCCUGUUCUUCAGUUAUUAACGUUGGUGUUAUUUUUACCAGUCAAUCCAAAUCCACUUAUUAUGUUAUAAAAUGAGCUUGUUUUUCUUCUGAAAUUCCUUUCAAACUGACUUGUAAAUUUCACUUUAGUAGUGACUUGUGGCAUAGAAUUUCUUCCAAGUAGAAUGAAGACCUUUAAACUGUAAUUUUAUGAUAAACCUUGGCACUCUCUGACCAGUAGAAACAAUUGAAGGUACUGUAUAACCUUCCAUAAUCUUGAAAGUCUCGUAUCCAUUGGAUGCAAAAUGGGAAUAAAAACUCUUCAGUUUUCUCCCUGAAGAAUGAGGAUUAUGGAGGAUGCGGCUUUUGAACGUAAGUUCUAAAAUUUGGAAUUAUUGCCUAUUGAUGAAAACUGCCUUGCUUUCUGAGUACACAUUUAGCAGAUGUCAAACAUGAACAUAACACCUUGUCAUGUUAAGCAAAGUGUAGUGUCAAAACAGGUUGGCGAAAGCAAUUCAAGUUUAUUUUUUAUGGAUAUUACAUCCAGUUUAUUUUAAUAUAACCAUUUUUUAUGGAAGAAGAAUAUCCCAGGAUAGUUUACAGAAGAGUAUCGUAAAACAAAGCUCAAAAGGAUAGAGAUGUUUUUCAUCUUGUAUCUAUAAUAGAAAAGUGUUAGAUUUGGUGAUGCUAAGGUAUUUGAACAGUAAGUUGCAGAUUGUAUUAUUCUGAAAUUAUUACUUUCUGCUAGUUGGACUGGUUGCAACUAGUAAAUCUGCACAAAGUAAGUAAAUCCAAAGAUUGCCAUUUUAAGCAUUUCACGUGUGACUAGAAUAUACACAGUUCUUAAGCUUGAUGUUUUUUUUUGCCAGUAUCAAUCAAGUGAUCACUCUCCAACUGGAAGUAAUGAUUCUGCUGUUUGUGGCCAUUUGUGAUGGCUCUUCAAACCUAGGUGAUAUCUGCAUUUUAAAAUUAAUUUAUUAACAAAGCUGAAGAGCGUGUGUCCCUGGAAAUAUUAAAUGGUUUGUCAUAAUUUCAAAAUCUUAAUGAGUUAUUAGGUUAUUCACAAAUGAAAGACUAUUAAAAUAUUUUGUAUUGUAAUUCCAUUUAUUCAGCUUGUAUUACAGGAACAAAACAUUACCAUACUUUAAUGUAACAAAAGUAUACAUUUUUAUAUUAAGAUGUCAGAUUGUACUGUUUCAUGGAAGAUUUUACAUAGAUUACAUUUCAUAGGCAGAAAUGUUACUCUUGACAGGAAGGAUGACAUUGGUGCCUAAUUCCCAACUUGCACACACAAAUGUGCUUUUCCCAAUGUGCUUUUGUCUGUCGUGUAUUGCAGAGAUGGGCAAGUUUAUAAGUGCAACUAGCUAGAAGUGCUUGAAAUGGGUUCACUAGAUGAUUCUGCAACUCAUAAAAAACUAUUUCAUUUGUGAUUCUUCCCUCCCCUCUUCCUUGCCUCUGAUUAACUCUUUAUUAAGUGUUAAUCCUUUACAAAGAAAAUGGGCAUUUAUCAAAAGUUUGAUAAUAUCUUUAGAAAUUGUGAAACACUUUGCAGUUCAAUAUUGCCAGUACUUUGAGCUCAAACAUGUCAGUCGACAUGUAUAACACAACUUCAAAAAUCAAAUAAGUCAAACACCCUUUUACUCACCAAUGUUGGUCAGGGUGUUUACUGAAAGAAAGGUGUUAAAGGUUAAAAAUUUUAAGUCCUAAGGAAGUGUUUCUCUCUACAGCUUGUCCACAAUCUAACCAAAGGCAAACUAUUUUCCAAGUAUCUCUUGAAUAUAAGAUUUGAUUCGUUUAACUUAAUUAAUUGCACUCAUCCAGAAUGAGUCGUCAACAGAGACAAUGUUUUACGAUGCUCCAAUAAUACACGGACUAUUCUGCCCUGUCAUUUUUUGCUCUCUUCACAAUUAUCAGUGUUGAUAUCAGGGAAUCAUUGAUGUAUAACCGGGUAUUCUGAUUUUAGUUGGUUACAUUUAUGAUUUUAAUUAGUUUUAAGUGGGAAGUGUGAUGCCUGACGGUACCCUAAUUUAUCAAAAGAAUGGAAACAUAAUUAUGUGUAUUUCAUUUUGUUUAUAACCAGUUUUUUAUGUCUUCAAGUCACCAACAAUUCCAAAAGUAGUUUCAACAGCCCCUUUGUCAUCUAGUGUACCUUUUUAACUUUCUUAAAUUCUAGUUAAAUAAGUGACAUCUUGAAUAAAGCCUAAAUUUCUUUAA